CGCCUGGUGGCUACAUUAUAGACUCACAGACUCCACUUUGUGUUUGCAUGGAGGACAGGGGUGUAUUCAUUUUGGAAACCGUUUAUCGUUUAAUAGCCAAACGGAAGCAAACAGAGUAAAACGAGAGUUUCUUUUGAACAAAUUCGGGUACGUCCCUCUCCGUUUGCUUCCGUUUAAGAAACGUUUUGCAACCGAAUCGGCGUAAUGAAUACGCUCCAGUGUUAUCAAUGGAAAAUGGCGACCCGAGUCCUUCAGAGAUUUGGCAAUGGCCUGAAUCAGGCUAAAAACACGGCCCAGUCGACAGGACAGAUCUUCGUUUUAAGCAGGGGCUUGUCGGCAUCAAACCAUAGGAAUCGUGAAGAUAGCUGGUUCAAGUCACUAUUUGUGCGUAAAGUUGAUCCCAGAAAGGAUGCCCACUCCCACUUGCUUACCAAGAAUGAGGAAAGCAACCUCUACAAAAUCCAGUUCCAUAAUGUGAAACCAGAGUGCCUGGAUGCCUACAACCAGCUUUGUGAGGAGACCCUGCCAUCUAUCCAUAAUGAUAAGUACUAUCCCUGUGAGCUGGUGGGUACCUGGAACACCUGGUAUGGAGAGCAGGACCAGGCUGUCCAUAUGUGGCGGUAUAGAGGAGGUUACCCAGCUCUGACCGAGGUCAUGAGCAAACUCAGGCAGAACAAGGAGUUCAUGAAGUACCGGGAGGAGAGAGGAAAGAUGCUGUUGUCUCGUAGGAACCAACUGCUCCUGGAGUUCAGCUUCUGGAAUGAGCCCAUCCCCAGGAAGGGACCCAACAUCUACGAGCUCAGGUCCUACCAGCUCCGACCUGGCACCAUGAUUGAGUGGGGUAAUUACUGGGCCAGAGCUAUUGGCUACCGCCAGCACAACAGUGAGGCAGUGGGAGGGUUCUUCUCCCAAAUCGGAAACCUCUACAUGGUGCACCACCUCUGGGCUUACAAAGACCUUGAGGCCAGAGAAGCCACAAGGAAUGCAGCUUGGCAACAUGAGGGUUGGGAUGAGGUUGUGUAUUAUACAGUUCCUCUCAUUCAGCACAUGGACUCUAGAAUCAUGAUCCCAAUGAAGGCUUCCCCACUGCAGUAACCUAUGAGAGAACACAGAAGGCCGAACGCCAAGCCUCGCCGGUUUUUAAAUGUAACAAAAAGUCAAAAAUCUCACUGCCGUGGUCUCAACCUCUUCAUUAUUGUUGCCAACUAACUACCCUCUGAUUUGAUUAGACUUUUACUUGACCCAUUUCUGACUUUGUACCAGCAAGCAAUAUUUGGUACUUUAAAAACAUCACUGAGACACAGGAGGUUAAAGUAUCAUCGUAUCCCAUAUUGAGUCUGUGGGCUAAAACACUCUUUCCAUAAUUGGAAGAUCUGUAAGGCAAUGGCACAAGAGCUCACAACUGCUUUUUUGUUUUUGGGAGACGGGAUGGGAAAAAUCAGAAUAUUGAAACCUCCUGAUAGUGGUUGGGUGGAGAACUGAUGUCCAACAUACUGGGUCAUAUUAACACUUGUCACAUUGCCACAGCUGAUCUAGUCUAUUUUUACAACCAAAGUGCUGUUUUGAAAGAGAGCUAGCCUAGCAGUGUGUUCUGUUUGCAGUGAAUAAGAAUUAAGCUUUGGGCAACUAUGGCAUGACUUGACAAAAAAUCACGAUAGAUGCACAAUGUGUGAUUUUUGUGGUUAUUUCGUUUAUUUAAUGUAAAUAUUGAAUAAAUAUAUAAAUCAUAUUGUUAAAUUGCUAAAUCAAGCUUUUGGGUGAAAUCUGAUUUUAAAAUGUUACUGACAAACAGAGCGCUAGAAAGACUGGUAAAAUGGUAUGUGAAUUGUUACUGUAUUUUGUCAGCGGAGAGAAUAUCUACUAAAUAGUCAAAUAUUGAAACUUAAUUGAAGUGAAGGCAUUGAGCGUGAACAUUAUUUAUUGGAAUCAUUUGUGUAUUAGUAUUGUACUGUUAGACAUUUACUGCACUGUUGGAGCUAGAAACACAAGCAUUUCGCUGCACCUGCUUUAACAUCUGCUGAUCUCUGUACGUGACAAACUUUGAUUUAUUUGAGAACUGGUAUGAAUACAGAGCUAAAGCCAUGCCUAUUUUAACCAUAAAUAUCCUCUCAGAAUUUUUAAAGUAAAUGUAUUGAUUGCAAUUGUGGGCAUUCUCUCCCCAUUUCUUUCCCAUCAUCUGCAUUAAGCUUGUGUUUUUGUUGUACUGGUUUAGUGAACAUGGCUUGUAUUAUCUGCAUGUCCAGUUUUUCCAGACAUGUUUUAUCAGAUUUAACGUGUUUCCGGUUGGGCAUAAUGAAUAGCCUAUCCCGUAAACAUUUGAUCUAAUACUGUCAUGGAACAUUUAUGUGCCCAGGUACAACUACCAAUGUACUGAAAUGAAAAUCUGUAAUUGUGGAGUCAUACUGCUACUCAUUGUGAAUUUAAAGAGGUUUCAGUGUUGGUAGUAGCAUGCCUCAACCUAGUUUUAUUCCCUGAUUUACAGGGUAUUUAUGGCAAAGGUGGCAAGAAUGUCAGCACAUAAAUAAAGUUAUUCAAAGAGAAA